AUGAAAGUCCUCUGCGUGGCUGAGAAGCCAUCUAUUUCCAAGGCUGUGGCUGGCCAUCUCUCUGGAGGCUCUUUCUCGACACACAACACACGCAACAAGUUCAUCAAGAAUUACUCGUUUGACUUUGACUUUGGCCAGCAAUGGGGAUCCUCAAAUGUUACCAUGACCUGCGUUACAGGCCAUCUGACCAAUGUUGAGUUCACAAGCGAGUACAAGAACUGGAGUCAUCCUCCGCCAGAAUCGCUCUUCACCGCGCCCAUAGUGACAAAUGAUAAAAAGGAUAUUGCCAAAAACAUAGCCGAUCAAGCUAAAUAUGCUCGUCUACUGGUGAUAUGGACUGAUUGCGAUCGUGAAGGGGAGCACAUUGGCCAGGAGAUUGUCGAUGCAGCCAGGAAGGGCAACGCUGGUAUCCAGGUGAAGCGUGCCAAAUUCAGCAAUGUGGAACGAGCCCAUGUGCUGUCCGCAGCCAGACGUCUUGUUGAAUUGGACGAGAAACAGGUUAAUGCUGUUGCGGCAAGAAUCGAACUGGAUCUUCGGAUUGGAUACGCGUUUACGCGCUUCAUAACGAAUAACCUCAAGCAUCUGGGUGGACCUCUGGCAGACUUGGUUCUUAGCUAUGGUUCUUGCCAGUUUCCAACUCUGGGCUUCGUGGUGGAUAGAUACUUUCGAGUCAAGAAUUUUGUUCCCGAGCCGUUCUGGGGCAUUUCAUUAAUGCACAAGAAAGAGGGGAAGCAAGUUCGGUUUUCUUGGGCUCGUAACCGUCUCUUUGACCGGAUGACAGCAGUGCUCUUAUACGAGCGAUGCCUUGCUGCCAAAAAGGCCAAAGUCACCAAGGUGCAAGAAAAACCGACCCGCAAAUUCAAGCCCCUGCCUCUCACUACCGUCGAGCUUCAGAAGGCGGCGACACGCUUGCUUCGUAUGUCUGGUCAGCAAGCCAUGACGAUAGCCGAAGGUCUGUACAAUAAAGGCUUCAUCAGUUAUCCGAGGACAGAAACCGAUCGUUUUGAUAAGGGCAUGAAUCUGAGAGCCCUGGUUCAGAAACAGACAACAGACCAACGCUGGGGCCCCUUUGCUCAGGGGCUCGUCAACGGUGGUUUUCAACAACCAAGAGAAGGAAAACAUGAUGACAAGGCCCAUCCGCCUAUUCAUCCCAUCGCGCACGUGGCGCCGACCGCAUUGACCUAUGACGAGGGACGGCUCUACGAGUAUGUUACGCGCCGAUUUCUUGCAUGUUGCUCAGAAGAUGCCAAAGGAAUGGCAACGGAUAUUGAGCUUCUGUUUGGAGAUGAGCAUUUCAGCACACGAGGGAUCAUUGUGCUUGAAAGGAACUACUUGGACGUCUACAUAUACGAAAACUGGACUGAUAGCACAGAGCUUCCGAGAUUCACCGUUGGUGAGCAGUUCGAGCCUACCGAGGCAAUGAUGACCGAAGGUAAAACAUCGCCGCCAAACUAUCUUACUGAAGCCGAUUUGAUUGCGCUCAUGGACGCCAAUGGCAUUGGAACCGAUGCCACGAUGGCGGAGCACAUCCAGAAGAUUCAAGACCGAGAGUACGUGGCAACUACAACGCGGGGAGGCACGGCGGCUACAGAGGGGGACGAGGAUGGGCCAAACGAAGCUCCAGCUACUCGAGGCGGUCGUGGACGUGGCAGAGGAGGCCGUGGCCGAGGAGGAGGUGCCGGCGGCUCAGCAAGAGGGGGUCGGGGAAGUGGACUGAAAGUGUUCGUGCCAACUCAACUUGGUGUAGCUCUUAUCUUGGGCUUCGACCGGAUGAGCUUCGAAACGAGCCUCGGAAAGCCCUUCUUGCGUAAAGAAAUGGAGCUUCAGAUGAAGGCCAUCUGUCAAGGCAGCACAACACGCCGGGCGGUUCUUGAACAAAGCAUUGCGCAGUACAGACAGGUAUUCCUACAAUCUCAGGAACAAGUGGGAGUCCUUAAGCAGGCCUGCCGCGAGUUCAUCUUUGGUCAGGGGCCAAGAACAUAA